CAUGGCUACUGGUGAUAACUGAUCAAGCUUAGCAACUGGGCCACGAACGAAGUGAGUUUCACUUUUUGGACUGUGAAAAUUGGGGUAGUCAUUUCACACGAACAAUUCAAGGUAAUGACUUGUGAGCCUGACAUUGCCACCGGUCAACCCAGCUCGUCCGUCGUGGCUCUUCGAAUACCUCAAAUUGCACAGACUUAAAUGUCUGGACGAGAACGACCAUCCCGCGCAAAGCAGCCUAUCCAGCAGGACAAGUCGACUGAGCUACCAUCGCGUUCGAUCCCACAAACUGCUCCGUCGACAAGCAGGGUUGAAUCGGCUGCCACCUCUGCCAUUUAUGCUGCUCGUGGAUUAACCGUUGGGUUGGCUCGCUCUGCCCGCGACCUCAUCCCAGCUUUCGAUAGCUGGGCACCCUUUUCCCAAGUUGAAUCGCUUAGUACUGUGCUGUUCACACCGCUCGGUUCACAACAUAUCUACAAGCGAGAGACUAUGGAGAAGGCGCUCCAACUAAUGCAGCAACAACAUAAAAGAACUAACGAUAACAACACCACCGAUUUGGCUCACAGACUUAGAGAAUCUCCAAAGCUACCAUCCAGCAAGGAUCUGCUGGCUAUUGAAAUACCAGACACGCAGGCACCGUUGUCUUUAUUCCAAGGUUUUCACGCAAGUUACCCUGCCUAUUCCAGCCACGGUGUGAUUUCCAAACACCACAUCAGGCGGAAAAAGCAUGGUGGGUCUGACAAACGAAGAGGAUCCGUCAGUGACAAAGGAAAAGCAAAUUCGUCGCUCCCACGAUUGCAAAGUCAACUGGUUGCGGAUAAGCACAAGAAGCAAAGAGAAUACGAUAAACUUCAAAUGAAUAAGUUGGCCAUUUCAAAUCAAGUGAGCCAGAUAGAAGCACAAAUCGCAGAUUUAGCCAGUCGACGAAAAGAACUCGAAGCCAAAUGGGCGAAAUUAGAGAUCCGAGAGAUGCAACUGCAAGAUACCAAUUUAGAAGAGGCUAUUGUAAAUUAUGAGGACGACCAUGCGGAUGAAAUUUUGAAAAUUGAGGACCGAAAAACUAAGCGAAGAGAAAGAGAGCAUUUUGAUGAUGAACUUGACACCGAUGUGCAAACCGGAACAUGCUUAAAGACUCUUUAUGGUCAUCAAGAUAGCAUUAUAUGCCUUGAUUUCGACCAUUCUGGAGGUUCAUUGGUGUCAUCGUCCUAUGAUGCUUCCUGUCGUGUAUGGGAUUUGGCAACUCAGAAAUGUAUUGGAACGCUUUCAGGUCAUUCCGGCAUUGUACGCUGUCUCCAAGUUCGAGACAACAAUCACGUAUACACCGGCUCAGAUGAUUUCACAAUUCGCAAUUGGGAUCUCUCACUCAUACCACCAGCAAGAUCUCAAUCACCUUCGGUGAUGAGUACUGCCUCCUCGCCCGCACAGUCUCCUAAACUUGAUCCACAAACUCACCAUGAUAUUGUGCCUAGCAUUACUGAGUGUUGUAUAGAUACUUUGGAAGGUCAUAGCGGUCCUGUCACUGCUAUCCAUGCGGAUGAGAAUCAUUUGGUAUCUGGAUCUGCCGACAAAACUAUGAAGCAAUGGGAUCUGGAGACCGGCCAGUGUGUUAUGACCCUUGACGUUAUGUGGUCUUCACAGGGUAGGUCUGGUAUAGUCGACUGGGGAACUAUGCCGCAAGAUCACCAGAGCAAUGGAAUCUAUGGUGAAUCAGUAGGAGACUUUGUCGGUGCACUGCAAUUUUGGAACUUUGCUCUAGCAAGUGGCACGGUCGAUGGCAAGAUUCGCAUGUGGGAUUUGCGAACAGGACAGUCUCAUCGAACGUUAUCUGGACAUUCUGGCCCAAUCACUGCUCUUCAGUUUGAUGAAGUGCAUGUCGUCAGCGGCAGUUUAGAUAAAAGCAUAAAGAUUUGGGACUUGCGAACAGGAUCCAUUUUUGAUAUGUACGCAUACGAAGGUCCUAUAACCAGCCUGCAGUUUGAUUCCAACAAAAUUGCAUGUACUGCUAGCACUAAACAAAUCAAGAUUUAUAACCGAACCUCUUUCCAACAUACCGUAAUCGAUGGUCAUACUCAGGCUGCAACAAGCGUGCGAUUUAGGAAUAAUAUGAUUGUUAGCGGUGGCAAAGAUAGCGUUGUAAAAUUGUGGAGCUUGUAAACCCCGACCUAUAGUCCUUUUUUUUUUCUUCUCUUUAAUAGAACCGUUCAUUCCUUUCAAACCAUUCGCAAACAGUUAAUGAACAAAUUAGCAGCACUGAAUGGAGUUUUUGCUGUAAACAAACCUAUUGGCUGGACCUCAAGGGAUGUCGUGAAUCGUGUCCAAAACGUACUGACAGCCUCUUGGUAUUCGGAGCAGAGCUUGCCAGUACCUAGAAAGAAAGUCAAGAUGGGUCACGGAGGAACCCUUGAUCCCAUAGCUGAAGGCGUACUGGUUUUGGGAGUAGGCAGCGGGUGCAAGGACAUGCAAGGGUA